AUGGCUGCCCGCGUAGCACGGCGGGUGGGGAGGAUCUCCGCCGUCGAUCGCACGCCGUUCGUCUCCGCACUCCUUGCUGAAGCCUUCGCAUGGCGUCGCACGUUUGUGUCGUCGCCAACAUCGCCAAUGUCGCAAGCUUCGUUAGCCUCGCCUUCGUCCUCCGAGAUGGCAGCGUCAGUAGGGGGAAACGUGGCGCAAGCUGCUGGAGGAUCAGCGCCAGCAGGGGGAAGCGCAGGGGGAAGCGGUGCGCAAGCGGUAGGGGAAGGCGGCACAAGGACAGCGGAAAGCAGCGCGCGAUCAGGGGGGGACAAUGCGCGGGUGGUAGGGAAAAGCGGCACACGAACGAUCGGGGGGAUCACGGCGCGCGCGGCGGAGGGAGGCGGCGCGCGCGCGACGGUGCGCGUGGUGCGCGCGGACGGGAUGGACGUGGAGGCGCAGCUGCGGCUGGAGGAGAAGCUUCUCAGAAGCGACCCGACCAACAGCAACUGGUUCGUCUUCAAUGCUGACGUGGCAGCACCGACCAUCGUGAUGGGGAUUUCAGGCAAGCCCCAUGAGUUGCUUCACACCGAGGCUGUCCUCGAGGCUCGGGUGCCGGUGGUCCGCCGGUUCAGCGGUGGAGGUACGGUGGUACUGGACUCAGGCUCGGUGCUGACGAGCCUGAUCUGCCGGCGCAGCGCGGUGCCGAACCUGCCUCUGUACCCGCGGCCAAUAAUGGAGUGGACGGAGGGGCUGCUGCAACCCGCAAUGACGAAUGUUCCGGGUUUUGCCUUGAGGGAUAAUGACUACGUGGUGGGAGAUCUCAAGGUGGGCGGCAACGCACAGAGCAUCACAGGCAGCAGCUUUCUGCACCACACGUCAUUCCUCUGGGACUUCUGCUCGCACCGGAUGGCACUGCUGCAGCAGCCCUCGCGUGCUCCUGAGUACAGAGAGGGCCGCUCCCAUGAUCAGUUUAUCACCAAACUAUGUCAAUAUUACUCGACAAAGGACGAAUUUUUGAGAUCUGUCCUGGUUGCUCUUGCUCUGCACUUCGAUUUGCGGGCAACUGCUCUCCACCAAGUAGAGGCCUUGCCAUUCCAGCCUUGGAAAUCAGGUGUUGCUCUCCCUGCGUCCCGCCAAUCGCGGGGGACCGCGAAUAAACGCAUUUCUGCUCCGGGGUCGUUGACAUUGUUCAGGAGCCAUUAUCAUUCUUCUCGGCUCGUCGCCAAGGCUGCUGCCGCCAUGAGCCCGCUGUCAGGCACACCAGCGGCGAAGACCAUAGUGCUGCCAGCCAAGGCAGGGAAGCACGCGGCCACUGUGGUGUGGCUGCACGGGCUGGGGGAUACGGGAUAUGGAUGGUCCGAUCUCUGCGAGACGGUUAACCUCCCGCAUAUUAAGUGGAUUCUCCCCAGCGCCCCCGUUGCCCCUGUCACAAUCAACGGAGGCAUGCCAUGCCCCUCAUGGUUUGACCUGUUUGGCCUGGACGCGAGUGCACAGGACGACGUGAAGGGCAUUGAUGCUGCUGCCAGAUACGUGGCCGGGAUUCUGGAGGAGGAGAAGCGAGCCAACCCAGACGUGAAGUUUGCAGUGGGAGGGUUCAGCCAAGGGGGCGCUCUCUCCCUCUACCUCAUGUCCCGAAAGGUUCUGGGGAAGUUUGAGGAUGGUUCCGAUGCCUCCUCCGUGCCGCUCCACGCCUCUGUUGCUUUCAGCGGCUGGCUGCCCAAGUGCAGUCUGAAGCCCGGAGGCAGUGCUGCAGUGGGGGAUGCAUCUGUGGCAGAGAAGGCCGCCGCCCACCCUUUGCUCAUGGCGCAUGGGGAAGCUGACAGCCUGGUGCCCUUCGCAUUUGGCAAGGGGUCGGCUCAGGUGCUACAGGAAGCAGGGUUCUCCAACCUGACCUUCAAGUCGUACCGAGGCAUGGCCCACUCUGCUUGUCCCGAAGAGCUGGCGGAUCUCAAAGCCUGGCUGCAAAAGAACGUGCCACCACCCUCUUAA